UGAACCGACAAUAAAAUGAGGAUGUAAUGUAUCAGGAAGUGGGAAUUUCUAUUUCCUGUAAUCGCGCGCACUUCCUAUUUACCUUUCGUCAAACAAUCAUAACCUUGGUAACAUAUCAACACAUAAUCUUCAGACAUUGUGAUAUUACAAUACGUGUGAAGGAAAUACGAUGUGACUGCAGUUCAAGGAAUGUAACAUUCAUACCGGCAGAAUGUCCAAGAAACACAACAGAUUUAAAUCUUGCUAACAAUGACCUUGGUAGUUUAGGUAAGGACACAUCUACUAGAUAUACACACCUCAGCUAUCUGGAUAUAAGUAACUGUAAUAUAACGUUAAUCGACCAAUCAGCUUUCUAUAAUUUGACACAAUUAAAAGACCUGAAAUUAUUCAAUAAUCCGAUUAAAACAUUUCAAACUAAUUUAUUUGCACCGCUAAAGGAGCUUCGGGUUCUUUCCAUAUCACACAAUUUGCUGUCAACAUAUCCAAGAGAGUCAUGGUCGGAUUUUAUUAGAAUUACAGCAGUGAUAAGCUAUGGCGGCCCGUCGAAUGGAACAUUUUCGGAGAUAUUUUCCGCCAUGAAAAAUCUUCAUUACUUCCAAUGUGAUUAUCACGGUGAUGUUAUACAUAACUGUACAUUUGAUUCAUUUAUAAGGACGCCAUUAAAGUAUUUACGUAUCAUUGGCCAUUUACGAGCGAUAGAAAUCGAUACUUUUGCACCGUUAGAAUUACUUUCUAGUCUUAGUAUUCCAUAUCAAAGAUUCCUGAAACUAUCAAAUACAUUAAAAGCUUUACACGUGUUUGAAAAUCGACAUAUGGAUGAAUUGGAUUUGAGCACCAAUUUCAGAAAUUACGGUGAAUACGUUAUUUCGGCUGAUCUAUUUGCAUAUAUCGGUAACAUAUGCGUAAAAAGAUUAUCUUUAAGGGGCAACGGUAUAAGACUGAUAGAUGCAUCUGCCUUCCAGAAAAUGAAAUACAGAAACUGUCUUGAAAAUUUAGAUUUAAGUAACAAUGAGUUAGAUUACCACCAGGAUUUAAUUUUCUUAUAUAUCAAUUUCUUUACCAAUAUCAAGAGAAUAGACAUAUCUUCAGUAAGUAGUGAGCUUAUUGAAAAUAUUCAAAAACAAAAGAGUAACAGUUCUAGACGAACGAGAGACCAUUGUCUCAUAAAUGAUACCCGAUCAGAUUGGUCUAUCAGACUCCCUUCAUCUCUCGAAUUCCUAAAUGCCUCCUUUUUAAUCGGCCAUGAUAAUCACAUAAACAGUAUAACUUUCAAGGGUAUUACAAGAUUGAAAAUUAUUGAUUUAACAUACUCAUCACUUGACGACUGCAAUUACACAAUAAAUGGACUUCAGAACGUGGUAAUACUUAAUAUUUCCCAUUUCAAAUGCGGAUUUUUAAAUCACAACCUUCUGCAAUCUGCCGUCAAUUUGGAACAGUUGAUAAUGCAAAGUUCUUCACUAAGUAUCGGUCUUAUAGAUGAUCACCACAGUAAAUUCCUUCAUGGACUCAAACGUUUGCAGUAUAUAGAUUUUUCAAGAAAUGCAUUUGAAGACCGAUUCAGAAUUUCAACAUUUAAAUGUCAAUUAGACAGUUUACAAUCUUUUAUACUUGAAGGAAAUUUUUUCACAAGUAUUCCCUUAAAUCUAGAAGACUUGAACCGUCUUAGUUUCCUUAACAUCAGAAACAACAAGAUAGCCUAUUUGACAACUACAGAAAUUGACGCCAUUGAAGUGCUAUUUGAAAAAUCAAAUAGAACUAUGACAGUCUUUUUAGAAGGAAACCCUCUUGUUUGUAAUUGUGCUUCAUUAGAUUUUGUAGAAUGGUUAUUUACUACUAAAGUGAAACUUGACAGCAAUGGUAGUUAUUCGUGUGUCAAAAACGAUGGAAAUAUUACAACAACAAAUGCAGUUUACAAUCACUUGCGAAUUAUGAGAAUAAGAUGUAUUACGACAGUAUGGGUUAUUUUUUCUGCAACUUUAUUCGGUGUGCUUCUUUUAUUCAUUCUAGUUGGAUAUCGUUACAAAUUGCAUCUACAAUACUUUUGUUUAUUUAUCGGAAUAGCCAAUCCAAUUUUCCGGAAGUCAAAAGAGGAAGAACUUGAAUAUGAUGCAUAUGUAGCUUAUUGCGAUGGCGACUAUAAAUGGGUAUAUGGACCUUUGCGUUCAUUUCUUGAAGAGAGACGAAAUUAUAAACUUCUUUUGUCAGAUAGAGGAGAUGGGGAUGUACGGCCUGGUCAAAAUAGACUUGCCAUAAGUAAUUCCAUUUCAAAAUGCAAAAAGAUGAUCUUAAUUAUUUCAAAUGAGUUUGUGAACAAUGAAUGGGCAAGCUAUGAAGCUAAUGUUGGAAUUGAGCAUUUUAUUGGGUUGCAAGCAAAAAUAAUUGUUAUAAGCUUGGAGAGUAUUACCAAAACAGAAAUACCGCAAUGUGUUUUGCAAAUGAUGUCACUAAAUGCCAAUGACCACAUCCGUAAAACAGACACGUUAAAUGAAAAUAACAUUUUCUGGAAAUGUUUGGAUAAAGCCAUGAAACGUUAAUGAGGACAACUAUAUCAUUUAUAAAUGAUAAAUGAUAAAUGAUUAAACUAUGAUAUCAAACAAUUUUCAAAUUUAAACUUUUAACAUUGAAUAUUCUGGGAUAUCUAAAUUAGUGUGCUUUGUAUUAAAAAAAUAUGAUA